AUGAGGGCAUUUACCAGAGUAGUAUGGCGCUAUCGCAGUCUGUUCAUUAUCAUUCUCACACCACUAUUAUUGCUACCGCUUCCCCUAGUCAUCAACACAAAGGUGGCUCAAUGUGCAUUUACGCUGGUGCUGAUGGCAGUGUUCUGGAUGACGGAGGCAUUGCCUCUGGCUGUAACGGCCCUUCUUCCGGCAUUUCUCUUCCCUCUCUUUGGAAUUAUGAAGUCCUCAGUGGUCGCAACAAUGUAUUUUAAAGAUUUCCACUUACUCCUGCUUGGGAUUAUCUGUCUCGCAACCUCAACUGAGAAGUGGGGUUUACACUGGCGAAUUGCUCUCGGGCUGGUCAUAGUGGUUGGAGUAAACCCUGGCAUGUUGAUGCUGGGCUUCAUGGUAGGCUGUGCUUUCCUCUCCAUGUGGCUGAGCAACACCUGCACAGUGGCCAUGGUGAUGCCGAUAGUAGAGGCUGUGAUGCAGCAGGUCAUGAAUGCAAAGGACCAGGUUAGCAGCCAGAAGGAUAUAGCAGUGAACGGCAUCUGCAAUCUUGCAGUCCAGCUGGAAGGAGAUGCUGAGAAAGAGUGCGAAAGAGAUGCCAAAGAUCAGAACAGCACAGGGGCAGUGCUUCAGGAAAUUAUUACUGAGGAGGAUCACCCCACAGAGGCUCUGCCAAGUCCUCCAUUACACUCAAACUACAGAACACAUCAAGACCAAUUGAUGUGUAAAAGUUUAUCUCUGUCCAUUGCCUACUCUGCAAAUAUCGGUGGACUGGCAACUCUGCCUGGAACAUCUUCAAAUCUUGUGUUUGCUGAAUAUAUUCAUCAAUUUUACCCAGAAUGCAAGUCCGUCAAUUUUGGAAACUGGUUUAUUUUCUGUCUGCCUGUCUGCAUUAUUAUCCUGAUUUUGGCUUGGAUAUGGCUACAUUGGCUGUUUUUGGACUCUAAUUUCUGCUCCACACUGUGCUCCAGAAGGCAUCAGUCUGAGAGAGACAUUGCAGUAUCCAAGCAUAUCAAAGAACAAUACAAUGCACUGGGGAGCAUGAGCCAAGAGGAGAUGAUCACCCUUGUUAUUUUCGUACUGAUGGCAGUGCUGUGGUUCACGAGAGAGCCGGGCUUCAUGCCAGGCUGGGCAUCUCUAUUUCCUGACUAUCCAGGAUAUGCAACUGAUGCUACUGUGGCUCUCCUUCUAGGAAUGUUGUUCUUCAUCAUCCCUGCUAAGAGGUCCACUGCAGAUAACUAUGAUGCGAUGAUAUCAUGGAAGGAAUUCCAAGCCUGUAUGCCGUGGGAGAGCUGUCUGCUUGUGGGAGGGGGUUUUGCAUUAGCAGAGGGCACCAAGGUAUCUGGUUUAUCCACUUGGAUUGCAGAACUGAUGAGCCCAUUGGGGAAUCUUCCUACACUGGUCAUUGUCACCACUGCCUGUCUGAUUGUCACGUCCAUUACAGAAGUGGCUAGUAAUGCAGCCACAAUCACCAUCUUCCUACCCAUACUUGCUUCGUUGGCUGAAGCCAUCAGCAUCAACCCCCUCUACAUGCUGAUACCAGCAACUGUUAGUGUGUCAUUCUCGUUCUUGUUUCCCAUUUCUAAUCCUCCAAAUGCCAUUGUCUUUGCAUAUGGGCAUAUAAAAACCAUCGAUAUGGUCAAAGCAGGACUGGGCUUGAAUGUCAUUGGUGUCCUUUCAGUGCUGUUGGCUAUCAGUACGUGGGGAAGACCAAUCUUUGAUCUGGAUACUUAUCCAGACUGGGCGCCAGUCUAUGACAUGACAAACACAACUCAGUUCUAA